AUGAACAAACUAGUAGAAGCAAGUAAAGGAAUGCUAAAAAGUAGAGCUCUUGCAUUCUUUAAAAAUGGCUUGAUAAAUUAAAGAAGACAGAACUUUUUUGUUUUGUAGAAGAUUAACAAACAAUAAAACUUUUUAAGCAUAGCUCAAUUUGAUUUUUCUACAAAAGUUGGCAAGAAAAAAUAAGAAAAGAUUGAAAAGCAAAAAGAAAAGGAAACUAGAGAAACUCCUUAAGGCACUAUUGAUUUAACUCCUGUUGAAGAAACCAUGAAGGCAUAAUUAGAUCAUACUAAAGCUGAAUUAGCUAAACUUAAAACUGGUAGACUGACUCCAGAUAUGUUCGAAAAGUUAUCUGUUGUUGCUUAUGGCGAAAAAACUCCUUUAACUGAGCUAUGUUAAAUAGUAUCUAAGGCUGUUACUACAGUUUAAUUAAAUAUCUAUGAUGAUGCCUUAGUAGGUGCUAUUCACAAAAUUUUAGAAAAUUCUGAUUUGAAUCUCUAAUUGAAGAGAGAAGGCAAAAUAAUAACCUGCACAAUGGUAGGAGGAAAUACCAAGGAAAUUAAAGAUGCAACUAUUAAAGCUGCUAAGAGUGUUGUUGAUAAAGCUAAAAAUUUACUCAGAAAACACCGUUAAACUGGUCAGGAUAUGAUCAAGGGAUAUAAGAAAUUCGAAAGCGAGGAUUUCAUUAAAGAAGCUGAAAAAGAAGUUGAUAAUAUUCACAAUAAAUUCGUUGCUGAAUUAGAUAAUUUAUUGAAAAUCAAAGAAAAAGAAAUUAUUUCUUCUUGA